AUGGCGGCCUCACGCGAUUGGUCCACGCUGCCGGUGUCUGAGGGCACGCAGCGCUUCGUGGGGACUAUGGGCUUCAAACGGAUGACGCCGGUGCAAGCCAUCGCCAUCCCGCUGCUGCUGAAGCAACGCGACGUGGCCGUCGAGGCCUGCACAGGUUCAGGGAAGACCUUGGCCUUUCUGAUUCCCAGCUUCGAGAUUCUGUGCCGAUCACUCGAGGAGGGCGUCUCACGACGGCCCGGCAGCUUGCAGCUCAUGGUGGGAUGUGCCAUCAUCGCCCCCACACGAGAGCUGGCGACACAGAUCUACGAGGUCUUCGGGAAGUACCUGAAAUCUGCGGAGAUGGAGGCCUGUGAAAGGCUUCGCGCGCAGCUCUGCGUGGGAGGCUCCGACGCCAAGGCCGCCGCCGGGGCGCUACGGCGUCUCGGCGGUGCCGAAGCGCCACCGGUGCCGUUGCACUUGGUGGCGGCGACGCCGGGCCGGCUGCGGGCGUUGCUGCAGAUGGCGGACACACCGCUGAACAUGAAGAGCUUAGAGCUGCUGGUCUUUGAUGAGGCCGAUCGUUUGCUCCAGCUGGGCUUCGCCAUGGACGUCCAGGCGAUCCUCUCGGCGGUGCCCAAGCAGCGGAGGACCGGGCUCUUCAGCGCCACGCUGACGACGGAGCUGCAGCGGAUCAUGAAGGCUGGCAUGAGAAACCCUGUGCACGUCUGCGUGCGUCUGAAGAGACCUGUCGAGUCCGAAGACGCGAAAGGCCUCAAGGUCCGAAAGAAGGGACCUGAAGCGAUCAAGGAUGGAAGUGUGGAGGAGCCGGAAGAAAAGACGAAGGCUGUGAGUCACGAGCUGCCGACGAAGUUGAGCAACUACUUCUUGCAGCUGCCGGCAACGGAACGGCUGGGGUUCUUAAGACAUUUCCUUCAAAGACCCGAAGUCUCAGGCGGGAAGAGCAUUGUCUUCUUUUCCACCUGUGCCACGGUGGACUACUUUCACGUGCUGCUGAGGGAGCUCAUCGACGUGAAGCGUGCAAAGGGAAAGAAGUUGAAGAUGGAGAGCAUUCGCGUCGAGAAGCUGCAUGGGCAGAUGGAUCCGACCGCGCGUGCUCGGGCCUACGAGAAGUUCUGCAAGUCUCCGCCGGAGGAGGGCGCCAUCUUGUUGGCCACGGACGUGGCCGCCCGGGGCAUCGAUGUGGAGAAGGUCGAGUGGAUCGUGCAGGUGGAUCCGCCCACGGACCCCGCGGCCUUCGUGCACCGCAUCGGCCGCACGGCGCGCGCCGGGCAGAGCGGGAAGGCGCUGGUGCUCCUCCUGCCGCACGAGGAUGGGUAUUUGCCCUUCUUGGAGAAGCGUGGCAUCCAACUGGAGCAGCUUCCUGAGGAGCUCGCGGCAGACCAGGAGAGUGGGGCCAACACGCUGCAGAAGUGCAAGCACAUGGUUGAGCGGGACCGCACGGUGAUGUUGAAGUCCACCAAGGCCUUUUUGUCCUUCGUGCGGGCCUAUCAGGAGCACCAGUUGCCAUUCCUCUUUCCGUUCAAGGAUUUGGACCUGGGAGAUUUAGCAACGGGCUACUGUUUGUUGCGCUUACCCCGCAUCAAAGAGAUCCUGGGCAAGCGAGUCAGUGGCUUCAAGCAAAGCGAGGUGGACCCUGCGUCAGUGCCCUUCCGGAACAAAAAGCAGGAGAAGCAACGCAAGGAGAAACUGGCAAAGGAACUGGAAGAGCGGGAGAAGAACAAGGAAGAGACGAAGAAGGAGCAGCUACGAAAGGUGAGGCAAGCCGCCAAGGACGCUGCCAAAGCCGAGAAGAACCGGACAAGGACGCAAAAGCGCCAGGCCAAGCGGAACGACCGCGAGGAGCAGUGGCACAGCUUGGCGGCUGAGGAGACCUUGGCCAAGAAGCUCCGGCGUGGACGCAUCACUGCUGCCCAGUUCGAGUCCAAGUUGAAGAAGAUCGGCAGCAAGGAGGAUGAUGGAGAUGAUGAAGACGAGGAGGGGCCAUUUGUGCGUUCGUCGUCGGCCUCAGAACAUCUGAAAUUCCCAGCUGACGAGAAGCGUCGGUCUUCGCACCAUCUUCGGGGCUUGGUGUCAUAG